GGUCUUGGUCCUGGUUCUGGCCCCUCUCUGGCCCCGGGUCUAUAGUGCCCCCUGGAUCGGCCCCUGUCCCGACAUGUGCAGGUGUGAGACUGAAGAUGAGAAGGAUCUAACCGUGAACUGUGUGGAGAGAGGGCUCAGCAAGGUGCCGGUUAAUCUGAGCCAUUUCACUACUAAACUAGACUUGAGCAUGAACCUGGUAAUGGAGCUGCCCGAGCACGCCUUCGCUCAAACGCGUUCGCUACGAGAGCUUCGUUUGGCAGGAAACCGCCUGCAGCAGAUCGACCCCGAGGCCUUCUGCGGACUCCACGCUCUCACUGCUCUGACUCUUCAUGACACUGGGCUGAGGACUGUUCCUUCUGAAGCUCUGGACAAACUGAAAAACCUGCAGUCUCUCCGUUUAGAUGCAAACCGGCUCUCCGCUGUUCCCUCACUCUCCUUCAGAGGUCUCUCUUCUCUGCGUCUGCUGCGUCUGGAGGAUAACCAUCUGGAGCAGACACCGGGGGGCGCUCUUGCUCACGUGCCCAGGUUGCAGGCUCUGUCUCUAGGUAUGAACCGGCUCAGGGUCCUGCCUCCGCGGAGCUUCCACAGACUCACAGAGCUGCUGCUGCUACAGCUCCAGCACAAUCACCUCCACUCUCUGAGUCCCACCUGUUUCCAUGGACUUCACCAACUGCAGACACUAGACUUGAGCUUUAACAGACUGCACAGUUUUCCUUCUGCAUUCCAGCUCCUGACGUCACUGCAGCACCUAAACCUUCAGAACAAUUUUAUUUCUUUUGUCCCUGAAAACACCCUGAGAACAAACCCAUCACUGAGGAGAAUAAUCCUCCUGAACAACCGUCUCUUUUUGGUGGGACACGUCUAUAAACUGUCCAAGCUGCCGCCGCCAGGAUUCUCUGAGAUUUCACUGAAACAUCCUGAACGUUUGUAUAAAUCCUUGAACUACAACAAACAGGAGUCAUGUCAAACGCAGGAUUCUUUUUGGGUGUUCCCACUCCUGCUCUUCGUCUCUCUCCUCUUCCUCGCUGCUGGAAUAGUGACCAGGACCCUCCUCUUCAAACUCAAUACUAAAUAA